GAGUGCCAGCUUAGUCUCUCUUGCAGCUCGCAGACUAAAAUAAAGACCCAUCAGCUCGCUCGCCUCCCUGUCAAUUUUACCUUUUCUGCUUUUUUUCCUUUUUUAUUGUCUUUUCUUGUUGCAACAGAGCACGGGAGGCAGCAGCUCCGCUCUGAGGCUUCUCAAGGCUCAGCGCCUGCACAUACACACACACGCAACCCAGGGAGAAAACAUUUGCUCUCACCUGUUUCCAAACCCAAAGCGAACCUCACGUCCAAGCGAACUGCCAGCACUUCGAAAGAGAAGGCACCCAAGCCAGAAUCUUAAUGUAAAGGGAAGAAAUCCAAUGUACACUAGCAACUUCUCGCUAAAAAGCAAGUGGGCGCAAGGAAGAAAAGGAGCAUUUUAAGAGAAGGACACCUUAAGGAAGAAGAUUUUAGGGUUUUUUUGGAUUUCGCACCAAACUUUGGAAAAGUUUUUUUUUUCUUAAAUUAUUAUUUUGCGCAUCUUUUUCUAAGAACAUUGAGCCAUUGUUGCCUGCAUGUAAAAUCCUUUACAUACGUACAUUUUAAAAAGCAAGACAACCAAGAGGAAAAACAGCAUGUGGACCACCUAGCAGAAGGCAGUGCUGAAGCAUCCCUUGCAGCAAGGGGGACACAGACUCUGGAUGCGGAUCAUCUCGAGGGACUGCAUUUCUCUUCCACCGGGCUUAUGAGAUAGCACAGAGGCAGCCGAGUCACCGAGAAUCACUUCUGUCUCCCCUCUCCAUCACCACCACCACCUCCUCUUCCAAGGGCUCCCGCAACUCUCCCACCAGCAGCAGCCCGGCUCGGAGGGGAGAUGGGAACGCGCGGCGCCUUCGAUGCCUGAGGCCGGGCGGCUCUGCGGGAAGCGCUUCCCUCCCGGGGCUCGCCGUCCAUGUGCCCGCAGCCGGCGGGGCCUGAAGUCGGCAUGAAUUUCGGCGUGGUCUUCGCGUUCAUUCUCUCCCUGCCCCUGGCCCGCCUGGAGGGGGACCCCAUACCCGAAGACAUUUAUGAGAUUUUGGGUGACAGCUCAUUGCGCUCCAUCAGCGACCUCCAGCGCGCCCUGCGGAUAGACUCCGUAGAGCGAGAUAGCUCGAGCCUGAACCUGAGUACAACUCAGCCUGGUCAAAACCCUAUGGCCCUGUCUCGAGAGCGACGAAGCCUAGAUGCUCUGGCAGCAGCAGAGCCGGCUGUCCUUGCGGAGUGCAAGACACGGACCGUGGUCUUUGAGAUCUCCCGCAACAUGGUGGACAGCACCAAUGCCAACUUUGUGGUGUGGCCACCCUGUGUGGAGGUGCAGCGCUGCUCCGGGUGUUGCAACAACCGCAACGUGCAGUGUCGCCCCAUGCAGAUUCGUGUCCGGCACGUCCAGGUGAACAAGAUCGAAUUUAUCCAGAGGAAGCCAAAAUUCAAAAAAGUCGUUGUGCCUUUGGAGGACCAUGUGCAGUGUCGGUGUGAAGCGGUGUCCCGUCCGCCCCCCAGGAACAGCCGGCCAGUGCCACGUGAACAGAGACGCUUGUCACCGUCGUUCACCACAGCCGCUGUCUCACAGAGGCAGCGAGUACGCCGGCCGCCGGCGCAGAAGAGGAAACAUAAGAAGUACAAGCAUGUCAACGCUAAGAAAGUGCUGAAAGAAAUCCUCAUAGCAUAGAAGUGCUGGCAGGGGAGAGAGCACAAGGUUUAUUUAAUAUAUUUGCUGUAUUGCCCCCAUGGGGUCCUUGGAGUGAUAACUUUUCCUCUUUGUCCGUCUGCCUCGACGUCUGAUUCAGACGGCAAUUGGUGCUUCCCUUUCCAGCAGUGGACCUUCUCCCACCAAAGCCUCUCCCUUCUUUCAUUUAUUAGCCUAAUUUUAAAGUUUUACACACACACACAAAAGGACAAACAAGAUCUAUCUAUCUAUAUAUAUAUAUGAGAAGAGAACAAAGUACAAAUAAACCCAUGAACCCCGGCAGCCACAACAUGCGACGAGGACAGGACAAUGCCUUCCCCGCUCCAGAGGACAGGAUGGAAAAUGGGAAAAGGAAAGUGGGUCCAAUUUCUUCUGAGAGGAGGAGAAAAACACAUGGACAGAGGGCAGAAGGGGAAUGUUCUCCUUUUCCCUUGUGUUUCUGGUAAGGCUGGGGGGCCCGGCUGAGAUCAACACUUGCACUGGACCUUCAUUUUGCAAACAGGCAUAUCUCAGAUUGCGAUGAUGGAAAAUGCACUAAGGACUAUUAUCACCCUACCUGGACAGAUCUAUAUAUUUUUAACGUGCGUGUGUAUAUUUUAUUUUAAAAAAAGAGAAAAACCAAAACCACUAAGAUAUACAACAUCUCGGGGAACAGAACAAAAAAAGAACCACAAAGCAAAACAAAAGAAGCCAAAAGCAUUCCCCCCUUCCCUUUCCCCUCUGGCUCCUGGUGCUGACUGGAAGGUGUUUGGAUCAUGGGGAAGGAGCGGAUGGCAGCAGGCCCCUGCCAGGGGGACCCAUCUUUGCACAUGCUGGUGGAGAAUUCAACUUUCCAGGCUCGGACUCAAAAGUAUUUUUUAAAUUCACUCUGUAUGUGUGCGUGUGUAUAUGUGUGUGUGUGUAUAUAUAUAUACGUGUGCGUGCAUGUGUGUGUAUGUGUAUUUAUACAUACAUAUAUAAAUAUAUAUAUAUAUGUUCUUAAGCGGAUUUCAUUCCCUAGCGGCAGGAAGCUCAGAGGCACGUGCAGCAGCUUGGCUGGGCUGGCAGGAAAGAGCACUGUUACUGCAACGUGCCUGCGAGGGCCAGGAGGGGACAGGCAGAGGCAUCAUCUGAUCUCUCUCUCGUUGCCCUUUUCUCUCCCUCUGCCACCAACCCCCCCUCUCCCAACCAAGUUCCUUGCAGGAGGCGAAGUGGCACCACAACGAGACCAACAGCAGCCAAACUUAGAAGCAUGACUUAAUCUCAGUGAGCUGUCCUUGCCUGCUCUGUGGUCCUGAGAGCAGCAUCAUGUCAUUCCCGCGAGGUUUUUAACCCCUUCACGGGUGUCCUGCACACCAUGCCUCCACUGCUCUCUUCCUGACAAUGUCCCUACAUCUCCCAUCGUUUUCCUCCCAUCUUCCCUCUCAAAUUCCUUCUCGAUUUUUGCCUGUUGGAUGUUCCCACCUAGCUUGGAAGUUUGUCCGAGAUGUGGGCAGCUCUAUGGAGGUAUUGAGAAACAAAUGAGGAUGGUCUUUGCAGUUGGCAGCAGCCACCUGAGAGAGAAAUGAGCUCUUCUAAGUGAGGAGGACUCGGAGCACAACGGGAGGGUCAGUCGUAGGGUCCCUCCUGUGCCACUGCCUGCUCCAGAGGAGGGAGGGGGACACUAGGAACAAGAGCUAUUUCUGCACACCUAAUACUCAGUCACUGUUAGCAGAAACGUUACGUGGGAUGGGAAUUUCCAGCACCACUGCAGAGUCCCCAUCUCAGAUUGUGCCGUGCUGGGCACUGCAGUUAGACAUGAAGAAAUGCCUGCCCAGAGCUCCUGUGGCAGCCCGUGCCCCUCCUGCUCCAGCCGCUUCUCCUACACACACAGGCACAGCCCCGGGGGAAGGAGGAGAAGCCACAACCUGGGAGCUGUUACAGGUCUUGGAGGGACCCAGCCCUCGCCUCCUGCAAGCCCAGAGCGCUUCUCGUACCACUGCCAAGGCGGCACGUUGCUCCCUCCCUCCAUCCCCAAGCCCUCAAGUCUUAAGACACUUUGUUUUCCUGUUCCAGAAUCUGUUUCUUUUGGUUUGUAAAGAUGGUGAGGUUUUAUUUUAAUUUUAAUUUUUCCCCUUUUUUUUUAAUGUAAGAUUAAUUUAUACUCAGUACUGU